AAUAUAAUAUGUUGAUUGUAGGGUACUUUGUUGUUAUUAUGUUAUAUUUUAGUUACAAUCAUAUUAAUAAUUAAUAGAGCAACGACAAACCGUCUACAACGGCUGUAGGUUACUGUUGUGCUGUACAGAAAUUCGUUUUGAUUGUUUCAUUUCGAAUUAUUAUCUCGAUUUUCAUUUUUAAAAUGCAGAUAACAACUAUGAAUAUGCAUCGUGAUAUUAAUAUAUUAUUCUGAUAGCGAUUAUUGUGGCCGAAGAUCGUUUUUUUCACUAAAUUUAUUUGUUUAGUUGGGCUCACGAACAGAAGUAUUAUUUAAUAUUUGUUUUAUUUUCUGAUUUUAUUUUUGGACUAUAGUGUUUCGAUCUUCUUGAAUCGCACCCUCCGUGGUGUCAUUGGUCAAUGUAAAAUGGUACGCGGACAGAAAACGAAAAGGAAAAAAAACAACGUUUGAUUCACAGCGCUCCAAUAGUUGAACUUGCCCCGCGAUGGAACGAUUGCAAACAUGGUUUGUCCGCGAGGACAAACUGUGUCUGCCCCUUUGGCGGACUAUGUCAACAAAAUGUUACAUGGCAUUCAGUGCCCUCAGUGCUGGAGCCACAGUCAUCACAUUUUUUUUGAUAUACUGGUUCUGUGGUGGAUUACUAGCAUUAUCUUUUCUGCUCAUGAGUAUUGUCGGGUUUAUUUACCAUUCGGAAGAUUACUUAUUAUAUUAUCCAGACCUACCUGAUCAUUCUCGUAUUUUUGUACCACAACCAUCAAUGUAUGGUUUGCCAUAUGAAAACUUAUUCAUUAAAAGUUUAGAUGGCACACGAUUACACUUAUUCUUGAUAAAACAACCAGGAGAUUUUUCCAAGAUGGUACCAACCAUUUUAUUCUUGCACGGAAAUGCAGGAAACAUGGGUCAUAGAUUAACCAAUGUAGUGGGCUUCUAUAAUGAACUGAGAUGCAACAUUGUAAUGCUAGAAUAUCGUGGAUAUGGGUUGUCACAAGGAUCACCUUCAGAAAGAGGUUUCUACAUGGAUGCAAGUGCAGCAAUAGAUUUUAUUUUAACUCGUAAUGAUCUAAAUCUUGGUCGAAUCAUAGUAUUUGGACGUUCAUUAGGUGGUGCAGUUGCCAUUGAUUUAGCUGCUCGAUUAGAAUAUGCCCAAAAAAUCUGGUGUGUAAUUGUUGAGAAUACAUUUACAUGUAUACCAGAUAUGGCAAUAGAACUUAUGUCUUCUGAACUUUUGAAAUACAUCCCUUUAUUUUUGUACAAAAAUAAGUACAUGUCUAAUUGGAAAAUGGGCAAACUGCAAGUACCAAUAUUAUUUGUUUCCGGCGAAGAAGAUACGUUAGUUCCUCCAUCAAUGAUGACCAAUUUAUUUGAUGCUUAUUGUGGACCUUUAAAACAGAUUGUCAGGUUUAGAAGAGGUUCACACAAUACCACAUGGAACUGUCCUGGUUAUUACAGGAAGAUUAGAAAAUUUUUAAAAAUCACAGCAAAACACAGACCUUCUGCUGAAGAUCUCCAUUGUGUCAUCAAAAUUGUUUGACAUUAAUUGUAUUAGUUCCUAAACAUGAUUAAAAACAAUGGUAUAGUUAAUACAAAAGAGUAGAUAUUGAAAAAAAAUAGUAUCAAAUAAUUUUUUCAAUAUUAAUUUUUACAUGAAUGCACAUAAUUUUUAAAAACAUUUGUAAUU